AUGGCUUCAAAACAAGAGGCUAUGGGAACAGGCUCAAAUGGCCAACUAAACGACAAAGUUGCUCCAGAAAUGGCAUCAGCAGAAGAGAAGAUGGAAACAGGCACAAAUGGCCAACCGAACGACAAAGUGGCAACAGCAGAAGAGGUGAUGGAAACAAGCUCAAAUGGUCAACCGAACGACAAAGUUGGUCCAGAAAUGGCAUCAGCAGAAGAGGUGAUGGAAACAAGCUCAAAUGGCCAACUGAGCGACAAAGUUGCUCCAAAAGUGGCAUCAGUCGUAGGAACAGACGUGCUGUUAAGUAACAAGGGCGUUCGGAAGGUGAUCUUUUACGAUGGUUACAAGUACCGUUUCGACAAGGUCCAUAAUGGCACUGAAUACUACUUCUGUGACACGGCACGUACAAAAGGUUGCAGCCAGCGUUUGCACAAGCCCAUCGACAACGACGACCCCCGUCAUUUCAUUCUGAAAGGUUCACACAUUCAUUCUGGCGACGCUCGCAAAGUGAACAAAAAGAAAGUGAUGACAAAGUUGAAGGACUUAUCCAAAAACACAAAAGAUACGAUCCGUCAAGUGAUUUCCAAAAGCAUUUACGACACUUCAAAAGCAACCAAAGCAAAACUGCCAACAGAAAAGUUGAUGGCUCAAAUGGUCAGCCGCUAUCGUCGUGGGUCUGGUGUACUGAAAAACCCACAAAAUUUGUCAGAAUUGGUUUUGGAAGGUGAAUAUGCGCAAACGGUGAACAAAAAACCAUUUUUGUUGCACGAUUCCAUGGCUAUGGUACCACCAGAGGAAAUCGAAGAGGGUGUUCGCGACCGUGUAUUGAUAUUCACCACAAGCGAAAAUCUCAAAUUUCUGUCGUUGUGCGACGAAUAUUUCAUGGACGGUACAUUCAGUGUGACUCCACCAUUGUUCUCGCAGCUGUACACGUUGCACGGUCGUUACAAAGGUUGGCAUGUGCCACUUGUUUACACGCUCUUGACAAACAAGAAGCAAGACACGUAUGUCGAUGUGCUCAAAUUUUUGCAUGAAUUGGAACCAACGCUCAAUCCAACGGACUAUAUGGUUGACUUUGAAAUGGCCGCUAUGAAUGCGAUUGGAGAAGUGUUUCCCGAGACUGAG